GUAACCCCGCGGAUCUUCAUUACUCUGACAUGGACUCGAUGCAUUCCAGAUCGUGCCUCAUGGGCCAAUACUGAGGCAUAGAUCGAAAGGGCUUCGUCAUGGCACCCAUGCAUGUGGUGGCGAUCGCUCCAAUUUCCCCGGUAGGUGUCCACACAUUUUGAUAGUGGACUUGGUACUUCUUCAAGUUGAGCCUGCUCAAUAUCCUCCUCAUUGACAUGUUGCAUAACCUGGCACAUGUUCGUGCUUCAUCUUUCCUCUUUCCAGAUCUUCGAUUUUGCGUGAAAUUAGCCUGGCGACAAGAUGGAAGUCCUCACUCCAGCAGUGGCCGUAGGUUCACGAACUGGACUAGAACAUGAUGAGAGCAAAAAUCAACAUACAGCCCAAGAAAAACUACCUCCGUCACCCCCUGCCACAGACGACAAUUGUUCAACAUCAGACGAUGACGGUGUAGACAUUCCUUUGCCUCCUCCCACAACCAUCCCCACAAAAACUCUUGAUAUCGACCUGAAAACUCCUGACAGCCAUGUACCUCGAGAUCCGAGGCUGAUUCGACUGACUGGUGUACACCCUUUUAAUGUCGAGGCACCAUUGACAGCUCUGUUCGAUGAAGGCUUCCUCACCAGCCCUGAAUUAUUUUACGUCCGAAAUCAUGGGGCAGUACCUCAGGUCAGAGACGAAGAUAUCCCUGACUGGGAAUUGUCUGUCGAGGGACUAGUUGAAAACCCCAUCAAGAUUACUUUACGGGAACUUAUGACCGAAUAUGAGCAAGUAACUUGCCCAAUCACGUUAGUAUGCGCAGGAAAUCGCCGCAAGGAACAAAACAUGGUUCGAAAGAGUAAAGGGUUCUCCUGGGGAGCGGCUGGACUCUCAACGGCGCUGUUCACUGGCGUGAUCAUGUCCGAAGUGAUCAAGAAGGCGAAGCCAAAACGAAAAGCCAAAUACGUCUGUAUGGAAGGGGCAGACUUGUUGCCAAAUGGCUUCUAUGGGACGUCGGUCAAGUUGAAUUGGGUCAUGGACGAGAAUCGUGGAUUCAUGCUUUCAUACAAGAUGAACGGUGAGAUGUUGAGACCCGAUCAUGGAAAGCCUCUACGGGUUGUAAUCCCCGGCCAGAUCGGCGGUCGAUCAGUGAAGUGGCUCAAAAAGCUUAUCGUCACCGAGGCUCCAAGUGACAAUUGGUAUCACAUCUACGACAAUCGGGUGCUUCCAACCAUGGUCUCACCAGAAGAGUCAGCAAACAACUCGAAAUGGUGGACAGAUGAGAGAUAUGCCAUUUAUGAUCUCAGCCCCAACUCAGCCACCUGUUAUCCUCAACACGAUGAACAAUUGUGUCUGACGAAUGCCCCUGAAACCUACCGAGCCAAAGGGUAUGCCUACAGUGGAGGCGGGAGACGGAUCACCAGGGUCGAGAUUUCCUUGGACAAAGGUGCGACGUGGAGACUGGCCAAUGUCGAAUAUGCAGAAGAUCGGUACCGUGAGGUGGAGAAAGACCUCUUUGGCGGCCGACUCGAUAUGUCAUGGCGAGAGACGUGCUUUUGUUGGUGCUUCUGGUCCAUUGACCUCUCCACAGCAGAUCUUGCAACCUCCAAGGACAUCUUUGUGCGUGCCAUGGAUGAAAGCAUGAAUGUGCAACCAAGAGAUAUGUAUUGGUCGGUCCUGGGGAUGAUGAACAAUCCAUGGUUUCGAGUGACCAUCACCCGAGAGGGCGAGUUCCUUCGCUUCGAGCAUCCAACACAGCCGGCAUUGAUACCCGGUGGCUGGAUGGAGCGGGUGAAGAAGGCUGGGGGAAACCUCGCCAAUGGUUUCUGGGGCGAGAAGUUGGAAGGUGAAGCCAGUGUUGCCCCCUCGGCUGAGCCGGUCAAAGAGAUCUCAAUGGUCAAAGAAGACUUGAAAAAGGCAAUUACGAUUGAUGAACUUAGAAAGCACGAUGGCGCAGAACAACCCUGGUUUGUGGUGAAUGGCGAGGUGUACAAUGGCACCGACUUCUUGGAAGGGCAUCCUGGUGGAGCACAAAGUAUCAUAUCAGCAGCUGGGCUAGACUGCACGGAGGAGUUCAUGGCCAUCCAUAGUGAGACUGCCAAAGCCAUGAUGCCAACUUAUCACAUCGGGUCACUGGAUGAGGCUGCAAAGUCGGCCCUAUCUGCGGGUGAUGUUGAGGCUGUGCAGUCUACUGGGGAUUCUGAAUUAUUCCUACACUCUAAGGCUUGGAAGAAGGCAAUCCUUCACGGCAAGAAGAUUGUCUCCUGGGACACGCGGAUAUUCACAUACAAAUUGGAACAUGCUGAACAGCGACUUGGACUUCCUGUCGGGCAACAUCUUAUGGUUCGACUCAAGGACCCCGCCACACGAGAAACCAUCAUUCGCAGCUACACACCAAUUUCAGAGAUCAAUGACAAGGGAUUCAUGGACAUGCUGGUCAAGGUGUACUUUGCGGACAAAGGGGUGGCUGGUGGGAAGAUGUCCAUGGCAAUGGACUCUCUUCCCAUUGGACAUUUCAUUGAGAUGAAGGGACCUAUAGGCAAGUUCGAAUAUCUCGGUAGAGGCCGAUGCCUGGUUCAAAACAAAGAACGAAAGAUCAAGUCAUUUGUCAUGAUCUGUGGAGGCAGCGGCAUUACUCCCAUCUACCAGGUGUUUCGUGCGGUGAUUCGAGACCCCGAGGACACCACACAGUGCACCGUGUUUGAUGGCAACCGGCUGGUUGAAGAUAUUCUAUGCAAAGAAGACCUUGAUCAACUGGAGGCAGGGAACCAACAUCGAUGCAAGGUUUUGCACACCCUGACCAAAGCCAAUGACGAAUGGACAGGCCUUCGCGGUCGCAUUACCGGACAAUUGGUACAAGCUAACUGUACGAGAGACGACGAUACAUUGAUCUUACUCUGUGGGCCUGAGGAGAUGGAGAAGUCAAUGCACCAGGCUCUACUUGAGCAGGGCUGGAAAGACGAACAAUUAAUGUUUUUCUAGAGGGACAGAAUUCGAAUGAUUCACGAGACUUGGAACUAUGCAAGCAAUAGGGCUUCGAUGGAGUUUGAAGGGAUGUUCACGAUGAUUCUUGGCGUCAAAAUGGGAAGUAUUUAUGACUACUUUGAUGGACUGUAGAGAUACGUA